GUAAAUUCAAGCACCACAUGUUAGGCUUGCCCCGCGACAGUUUUCAAGUUCAACUUGCCGCGCACUUCAGAACGAUUUUCUGUGCCUAUACGUUUCCUCGAUGCAUAACCUCCUAUCAGCGCUAUUACUUGAGCCCAGAGGCGACCAGCGCUGCCAGAGCGCAUUCCAUCACACCGGCCUGAGCCACUUAUCCACAAUCGCAGCAGUUGUGGGUGAUAGGUUGGUAUUGUGCACUAGUCUAGAGUUGUUGGCGGGAAGAAAGGAGCGCGCAAGCCCUUUGCACCGGCCGCAAGUCGCGGACGCGGUGCCGGGCGCGUCUACUGCUUACGUGGCAAAAAGGACUGAGGUGAAUAAUUGUGAAGCAUCAGGAUUAGGCAAAUACGGCGCAUCAGACGGCGACGCGGAGCUAGGGUCUACACAUUCAAUGGUUGGGGUUCUCGCCAAGCUGGUCGCCGCGAUCUAUGGACUUUAGCGUCCUAGUUGGGCUUUGUUCAAUAGAGUGGUCAAAGGUAGCGGCACUACCAGCAGCGUGCCUGAGGCGGGCGCUGCUGGCGGGCCACUACGGGUCCCUGACUUCCCGAUCAUCGCGAUUUGCAUACUUAAUCCUCGUGCUCUCUCUCUGAGAAGUAAAUUUCCUGCUUGCUAGUAGCAAUACAAGGCAACGUAGCCUUUGUGCCUUAUGUUUUAAGCUGCCUUAAGCCGAAGAAGGUCAACAUGCUUCGUCGCGCAUUUCGCUCGUCCGCCGCUCGCCCGCCCGGGCAUGCGCAGCGGGCAGGCCAGUGGACGCGUCCGCUGGUGCCCUACCCCGGUCAAGCUGCCAAACCGUUGCGGGCUGUGCAAACGGGCCACCGCCACCAAGAGCAUUCUGAUGGCGUCGUCGCGCAACCCGUCGCGCCACGCGUUGCCCAGGCCUCGGAGCUCGCCGUUGCCCGGCACCCCGAGAAUGCCAUUCAGUCCACCAAGCCCGCCACGCCGAGCUCGCCCUCACCUCUGGCCUCGUGCGAGGAGGUCGCCGUUGCCGGCGUGUCCGCACUCCAACGCCUGCUGUGCGUAAUUGUGGGCGGCACGCUUAUGGCCUUGGCAUUCAGCACCUCGGCACUCACCUCGAUGAAGGAGUCCAUGGGAGGCGCCGUCGCGGUGGAGGUGCCUGAGACGGGGCUGGUGCAGCAGCCCGCCACCACCAUGCCGCCACAUCCCAGUGCUGUGGCCCCCGCCGUCUCUGCCAGUGCUGAGACCGUCGUUGCUCGCUUCUCCACGACCUCCACCGAGGCCGCGCCCGCGCCCACCGCCGCCGCCACCACCAUCAUCCCCACCACCACCACCACCUCUCAUCCCAAGGUUGUGCCCAAGGCCGCCAGCCAGAAGGUUGUGCGCAAGAGCUGGCGCCACGGCAUGCGCAAGGCCGUCCGCAUCCUCCGCCGCAUGGGGGUCAUGCCCACGGAUGCUGUGAAGGACCUGAUGCGCUACGACCCCGCCGCCGCCAGCGCCGUCGUGGCCGGCACCGCCGUGGCAGACAAGGUCGUGGUGCCCCACAGCGUGGGCCAGUUCCUGAAAGCCAUCAACACCUGCAUCGCCAAGGGCCAGCUCUUCGCGUUCUGCCUCCUGUCCGAGCCGGCCUGCAGGGCACAGCAGCCCGCCAUCGACCGGGCGGUGUCGGACCUGGUGGCAAAGGGCGUGACGGUCAUUGCGGUGGUCGCGGGUGCCGACUUCGCCCAGCGCGCCAGGCUGGCCAGCAAGGAGUACUGCUCCCGGAAGCUGCCCGCCCUGGGCGCGGCGCUGGACAUGCAGGCGCAGUUUGGCAUGGACGUGGCCGUGGCGUCGCUGCUGCCCGGUGCCUACGCCCGCAAGGACUUCGUGCCGCCGCGCCUGCCGUGCUUUGCGUUUGGCGGCCUGCACCAACAUUCAGACGUGGCGUGGGAGGCCAACGCCCCCGUCGCGUACGUUAACACCGCCGACAUCGACACCGAGACCUGGGCGCUGUCCGCCGCGAUGCGCGUGCUGCCGCUGUCCGUGCCGGCGCCGCUUCAAGACGUGGCGUGGGUGUGCCGCGAGCAGCUGCACCAGCUGUCUUGCCUCAAGGCCAAGCUGCAGCUGGGGGGUCAGCAGCAGGAUGGUGAGAUCGCCCUCAGCAGCGCUGGACCCGCCGCCGCCGCCCGCGCCGCCAUGGCCGUCGCUGAGGCUGAGUCCAAGGCCGCCUCCGCCGCCUCCGCCGCCUCCUCCGCUGCCGGCACCGAGCAGUUGCCGCGUGCCUACCUGCCGGCCAGCCUGUCGCACCUGGUUCCCACGUCGGUGGUUGACUUCCUCCGCCGCAACGCCCGCGCCACCGCUGCCGGCAAGCUCCUGGCUGUCAUCCGUGUGUCGGAGGACGCGUGGCAGAAGCACGAGGCCAGCAUCCGCGCUGCUCUGGGCGCUGCCUCUGCCGGCUCCGUGUGGGAUGAGCCCGUGCUCCUACCCCUGAGCCUCGGCAGCAGCUGCGGCAUUGCGCCGGUCGGCAGCCGUUCGCUGGUGCCUGCCGCGCUGCCCGCCCUGUACGCGGGUGGCGGUGGGUACCUUGCUGAGCACUGGUCAGCUGAGGCUGACCUGCUGAGCGGUCAGGCGCCGGCGGUCGGCCUGACCGACAUGCGGCAGGUGAUCGACCUGCACGCCAUGCGCCAGCGCGCAUGGCUGCGGCGGCAUGAGGUGCCCGAGUGAAGCUUGGUGACGGGCGUGGCGGUUGAGCGUCACUGAGUAGAUGCUAUGCGGCCUGCAAGUGGGCGUGUGAGUGUCAUGUACGAUAGCAUGUGUGCUUCAACCGCAGUGAUAUCUCUGGGCGGGGAUUAUGUACGCAAUCUUUGAAAGCAGGAGUGUGCAAUGGCUACCUAUUACGCAGUGUAAGCAGAGAUUCGCACUGAUGGUGCACAUGGUAGCCGCACCCAACUUACUCUAACUCUUGGACCUUUGACUGUUUUGGAGGAGCCAAACAUUUACUCUCGGACCUUUGACUGUUUUGGAGGAGCCAAGUAUGCUCCCAUCACCCGUGUGACUGUGUUUCACGGAACCUGUUCACUUGACAGCUUGUGACACUGCCGGUAUGAUGACUGAUUAUUCUGACGCAAGGGAUGUUACAUAUUAAACAUACUCCGUAUCGUAUCCGACCAUUUACUGGCUCUCCUCUACUGUGAUACGGUAUUGGGAAACGGGCGUAGGGCGUGCGUGUAAGCACCACCCUGGCCCAAGCGUUUCGACGCAGAGUGAGCAGAGAGCCGUCUUCCUUCUUACAGUGAUUGUUCUGUGCGUACAUAUGCUCGGCUUGGAUGGCGCGUGCGAUUGUUACCAAGGACCUUGCGCCCUGACAAAGUAAGUAUGCCAAUCCCAUCGUGUGGAGACAAUGCCUUGGCAGAUGCCAUUGGUGGCCCACCGUGGGGUCAUGGGCGCCCCCGGAAUGUGGAGCCGUCCAAGACCGCGGACCGUCUCAGUUCAUUCUUUUGUAUCUACUUUUGUUCUUCUUUAAGGCUGCGAAAGGCUUGGGCUGUGAGCCACUGGCAAAGAGUUUGUUCUAUGCCGUGCGUUGAUGGUUACCGUAUUUGGGUUUGGCGUUUGGAGACGAGGUUGCAAGUAAGGGGAGGACAGUUUUCCCUAAGUGGCUGGGUGGUGUCAAAAGGGCCGAGCAGAGAGGUCUCCACGCGUGUGGGGUAAAGGACACGACCAUCAGCAAGCAACGGCAUGCAAAGGCCUGGUGUGUCAUUGGAUGUUGAGACCUCCUGCUUCUCGUACGUGCAUGGGACAUGGGCGGGUCGGCCCGCGUUGCCGUGCAUUGCCGCACCGCCGUCCCCAGGGCACACGCCUCAUCAGCAGUCAAUACAGAGCGCCGCACGUGACAAGCUGCCGUGGGGCCUGGUUGCGUUAGUAGCAGUGGAGCAGCAGCUAGCGGCCUUGUUGGCGGCCUUGCAGGUAGUGGAGCUGGGAGCAGCAAUCAAGUGCAGGGGUGAGUGCCGGCCCUUGGGUCACGCAUGGCUGGGGUGCAGCAGCACAGGCAGGGGCGCAGCCGCGCAUGGCUGGCUGGGUGCAGCGCUGUAUUGCGUGCGCCGUGCCGUGCUGCAGCAUGCUGCAGCCGAUAGAUAUGGGGAGUUUAUCCUUCAUCUGCCCUGCAUGCGGUAGGGCGCGGUCAUGCGGUGGGGUGUUGUUGCUAUACCCAGCAGGGGUGCGCCUACUCGGAUACGGCGCCAACGCCAUGUAUGUGUAUGCUUUUGCGUGAUGCCCACCAGCCCUGGUAGGUGCGGUGGGGCAACAGAUGGAGGCCGGGUGCAUUCGGGUCCUCGUGCAUCAUCUUAAUGAUGUGAGCCUGGCGACGUGUACGGCACCUGAAUGCACGGCAUGCACUUUCUU